UAUUGAAAAAGAUGAUAUAAAAUGGGUUGGUGACUAUGAAAUGUUGAGUAUUCCAAGCCUGACCUCUAACCAUGGGGUUAAUGUGGAUUUCCUUGCUGUUGCUCGUUGCAACCGUAUGUGGUGAAGCAGAAAAACCUUUUAAAGGGGACAAAGUCAUUCGUGUAACGCCAAAAGAUGAGAGAGAACUGGCUGUUGUAUCUGGUCUCGAGGAUCACCCCACGAUCAAGGUCAGCUUUUGGAAGGACGCAUUUCGCCCAGGUAUGGAUGCAGAUAUUCAUGUCCCUGCCAAGCACUACAGCGCUUUGGUGAAAUAUCUUCAUGGGGAAGGAAUCAAGUUUGUCAUUCAGAUCUUUGAUGUGCAAACUGAGGUGGAGAUGGAAGAAGUCAACCUUGGAAGGGCUGGAGGUUUCUUCUCAAACUAUCAGAGGCUUAAUGCGAUUAAUGAUGAGUUAAGAAAACUAGCCAACCAGCCGUCUAGUGUCCAGAGAAGAGUGUUCAGCGUUGGCAACUCUUACCAAGGAAGACCACAGAAUGCUAUUGAGAUUAAAGGAAAAUCUUUCAGCAACAAACCAGUGUUCUUCAUGAACUGUGGUAUUCACGCCAGAGAAUGGAUUUCACCAGCGACAUGCAUGUACAUCAUAAGCCAGUUUGUUAAUAAAUACGGAAAGGACGCAAGUGUAACGCAAGUGUUGGACAAAAUGGAUUUCGUAAUCAUGCCAGUAUUGAACGUGGAUGGCUAUGAAUACACCUGGAGAAGCAGUUCAAGAAAGUAUCGCUUUUGGCGAAAGACACUCAAACCAAGUGGCGGAUGGUACAACUGCAUUGGCACAGACCCCAACAGGAACUGGGGACAUAAUUGGGGAUAUCCUGGUGCCAGUUCCAACCCCUGCUCCGAUACCUACCGUGGAAAACGUGCGUUCUCUGAAAUCGAGGUCAAAAAUGUUGCCGACUACAUGCGUCGUCUUGGAAGCCGUCUGAAGGGAUACAUGGACAUCCAUGCCUACAGCCAGCUGUGGAUGAUCCCUUGGGGAUAUACUAAGACUCCAACCAGAGAUCAUCAGGAAUUGAUGCGAGUUUCUAAAGCUGGCGUUGAUGCUAUCCAAAGUAGUGGAUUCAACACAUACUACCGUUAUGGACCAUCAUCUGUCAUUAUAUAUGAAAACUCUGGAGGUAGCAAGGACUACACUUACGGCAAGCUGGGAAUCAAGUACUCAUUUGCCUUGGAACUGAGAGAUCGUGGCCGCUAUGGCUUCCUUCUCCCACCUAAUCAGAUCAUUCCGACCGGUAUUGAGACCUUUAACGGGAUAUUGGCAAUGGCAAGAGAGAUGAGAGUUUAGUAGGGCACAACAAUGCUACCUGUUGGUUAAAUUUGCAGAGGAUUUAUUUUGCUUGAUCUUGCACAGCUAAAAGAAUGAAUAAACUAGAGGUACUAGA